AUGGCAGUCGAUCCCGGAAAUGUGCUUAGCGCCGUCUUAUCAUUGUCUGUGAUAAGUCUAUGUUUGUUAAAUGAAGUCUAUUUCAAGAUUGGUCAUGACGGUGGCUUAUUAACUUCAAGGACUACGAGAGAUGUCUUUCGGGAUGCACAAAUGGAGCCAAAGCCUACCGAGCCAAAGCCUACCGACUCUCAACCCAUUCCAGAUGAAAGGCAAUACGACUAUUCGCCUAUUGGCGAUGAUGAUGGUUGGUGA